ACUGAGUCAAGCGUCUCGGUGACGUUCUGUACUCGGGGAUCAAGUGCAGUUCAGGGAGGAGCGUUGAGCUGAAGUCCUCAUAUGAACCUCAUAUGGUCGUCCAUGAGAGUGAUCGGGCCGUGCACGAACAGAAUAUACAAUGGCACUACGUUCAGCUCGUGAUUCUCAAAUAUUUAUAAUCGGAUGCGGCAUCUCAGGAAUUGGUGCCGCUCAAAAAUUACUAAAACACGGUUUUCAUAAUGUACACAUCAUAGAAGCGACUGCGAGAAGCGGUGGGAGAAUACGAACGGGCAGACUGGGUGAUAACAUUGUAGAGAUUGGUGCCAACUGGAUCCAUGGCCCAUCGAAGGAAAACCCAGUGUUUCGUUUGGCAUGUGACUACCAGCUCCUUGACAAAGAGUCAAUGUCUGAAGAAAACCAGUCCAUUGACAUUGGUGGUCAUCCGCUCUUUGUUCCUAACUGGUUUACCAGUUCAGGUCAGAAACUGGGGCCUGAGACGAUGGGGCCUGUGGUGGAGUUUUUCAUGAAAUUACUGGAGAGGAGUCAGCAGUUCCAUGACGGUGGUGGAGAACCUCUGCCGAGUGUUGGGGAGUUUGUCAAGGCAGAGGUUGAACGACUGGCCCCUGAGGAAUGGAAGGAGAACCAGGCUAACACUGCAAUAAAAAUGGCCAUGAUAAACACACUGCUCAAGCUGGAGUGCUGUGUCAGUGGAACUCACACGAUGGAUGAUGUAGGCCUGGGAGCCUUUGGCAUGUAUAAAACUCUUCCAGGAUUGGACUGCACUUUCCCAGGAGGUUAUGAAGGUUUAAUUGAUCACAUGAUGAAGGAACUUCCCAAGGACGUAGUCUUGUACAACAAGCCAGUGAAGUGCAUUCACUGGAACUACACCAAGAAUGGACCAAAAACAACAGGAACAUCUUUCCCUGUCACGAUUGAAUGUGUUAAUGGAGAGAAAUUUGCAGCAGAUCAUGUUAUUGUCACUGUCCCACUGGGAUACCUGAAGAAGCACCAGAGCACUUUUCUGAGCCCUCCUCUUCCACUGCACAAAUCGCACUCCAUCCAGAGAAUGGGCUUUGGGACCAACAACAAGAUCUUUCUUGAGUUCGAGCAGCCUUUCUGGGAUGAAGACUGUGAAUUGAUCUACCUCGUAUGGGAGGACGAGACACAUCUUGCUGAUGUUGUUUCCGAUAUAAAUAUGUUCUGGAUUAGAAAGUUAAUUGGGUUCACUGUGCUGAAGCCCACAGAGAGAUAUGGACAUGUGCUGUGUGGAUGGAUCGCAGGGCGGGAAUCUGAGUACAUGGAAACUCUGUCUGAACUUGAAGUGCUGCACAGUGUCACACAGCUCCUGCGCAUAUUUACUGGAAAUCCAACUAUUACACCAAGGAAGCUUUUAAGAUCUCAAUGGUUCCAUGAUCCCUAUUCCUGUGGAUCUUACACCUAUGUGGCCAAAGGUUGCUCAGGAUAUGACAUAGAUAACCUUGCUGAACCCUUGCCACUGAAAGGCUCAAAUUCUAAGUCUUUGCAGGUGUUAUUUGCAGGAGAAGCCACACACAGGUCUUUCUUUUCUACAGUUCAUGGAGCGUUGCUGAGUGGCUGGAGAGAAGCAGAGCGUCUUAUAACUCACUACACUCCUGCCUCUAGCUCUGUCUCAUCUAAACUGUGAAAACUGUCCUCCUGUUCUGGGCCCGUAUUUACAAAACAUUUUAUCUCACCACUAAGAGUUCUCCUAAAUAGCAGUAAAAGUUUUUAUCUAAAAGUUUUUUCUUAAAACCUAUUCACAAAGCUGCUGAGACAAACUUUUACUAAGGUAUAGACAGAAGUCUUAAGCUAAUUUUAAACUAAUUUUAAGCAUUAGUUGACUAUUAGUCACACUUUUAUUAAUAAAACAUAUCAAUCAUAAUAAUUAACCUUUAAUUGCUCACAUGGCUUAAUAAACACUCAAGUGCACACAAAAAAGGCUUGCCACAGCGCGCAGGCAAAUAUAAUAAUUAUGAAUUUGCGAGGGAAAAACAGCAAGUACACUGCAUUAACGUUUUAAUUUAUUGUUACACUAGUGCUUUCUGUUUUCGGUUUAAGAGAUGAAAUCUGCGACAGUGACUCAUUUCUACAGCAUCUGUAUGCAUGUUUCAUAUGGAUUACAUAAUAUGAGAAUAUUUGUUUUCUAUUUGAAUUCGUUCAUUUAAAAGUUUCACUCUCUUUAGAUAUAUUUUUCAUGUCUGUAAUAAGGCAAGCAUAUACAGAGUUUCGAAGUGAUGCGCUCAAGUUCACGGAGUCUGAGAUGGCAGAAAGCGCAUCAUAUUUGCUUUAAUUAUUUUACAAAAGCACAACAUUUCACAAAAAACCAAACUGGAUGCGAGAACAGCUAUAUAUUAAGGAUAUAAUAAAAAAACUGGAGUUGGGAU